AGAAAACAGUGCUGCUGGCCCUUUAAGGCGCGGACGUCCCGGCAGCUCCAACCCACAGACUGCAGCACAUCCUCGGCUUGCUGGAGCCUCACAACACCGCACCUGACUCCCACCUUCCACUCCUCCCUGCACCUCGCUUGACCAAGCAGCCGCGUCCAGGAGCGGCAUGGGGGACUAGCUGGGCUCCAGCCCGCCUGCAGUGAUCCUCGGGGCGGAGACAGGCGGCGUCAAGAUGGUGUCGUGGAUGAUCUCCCGGGUGGUUGUCCUCUCCUUCGGGACGCUCUACCCAGCGUACGCGUCAUACAAGGCUGUCAAAACGAAGAAUGUGAAGGAAUAUGUGAAGUGGAUGAUGUACUGGAUAGUGUUUGCCUUGUUCUCUACAGCAGAGACGGCCACAGACUUGUUCCUAUCAUGGUUUCCUUUUUACUUUGAGCUGAAGAUCGCUUUUGUCAUCUGGCUCCUGUCUCCGUACACCAAGGGCUCCAGUGUUCUCUAUCGCAAAUUUGUCCACCCAACCCUGUCCAACAAGGAAAAGGAGAUCGAUGAAUACAUCGCACAGGCCAAGGACAGAAGCUAUGAGACCAUGAUGCGGUUUGGAAAGAGGGGUCUCAACUUGGCUGCUAACGCUGCGGUCACUGCAGCCACCAAGGGGCAGGGUGUGCUGUCGGACAAGCUGCGCAGUUUUAGCAUGCAAGACCUGACCCUCAUCAACGCAGAGGAUGAGCUGUCUCUGCACUCUUCAGACGGGCGCAUGAGGCGGGAGUCUGUGGACGACAUGAGCUCGGGGGCCAGCACGCUGCCUCGGGCCAAGAGCACCGCUGCACGGCAGACUCGCUCUUCGGCAGCUGCGUCCCUUGCAGACGAGACAUUGUCCCAACACAGCUCGGACCAGUCAGACACGAGGACCGAACACUCGGAUGAGGACGGGGUAGAAAGGGCCCCCAAGCGCAGCACCACUGUCAAGACGACCAAGAAAGCUGCGGCGAAGACGGAGACUCAGUCCAAAACGGUGAAGAAGCCACCAAAGAAAAAGACCACAUCGAGUGCGGAGAUGCCGCCGUGAAGGUUUAUGUCCAUGUCCGCUUGGACCUGGACUCUCUCUCUCCUCUCACAGUCUGUCAACACACACACACACACACACACGGUCUGGAUUCAGAUUUAGCUUAGCUCUUACUCUGUGCAGUCGGCGUUCCCAAUAUUUCUUAGUUUAUCUUUAGUAUUAUAGGAAGUAACCUGAUCAUCCUGUCACUGAGAGGACUUAAAAAAAAAAAUCAUCUCUGUUUACUUUAAUUUUAAUGCAUUUUAAGCCGCUAAGGGAGUCCAACUGGGCAAAGUUCUGGUUCGGUCCUGAGCAGGAUCUUCUCUCAACUACUUGUGUGCCUCCUGUAGUUGCAGCGCUUAUCUAAUUGCAGGCUCUGAAGCUUGAUUUCCCUUCUUAUUUCUUAUUUGCCUUGUGGAGAACUACAUGGUAAUAAUUCCUACUGCACAGAUGUGACUGCAUUUUUAAUUUCCCCUCCUCCUUUGUUCUUUCCUGUCUGGCUAGAGAGUUUGGCCCAUGGUCUUAUUGGGUUCACUUGUGUGAGCAUGUAACGCUUCUUUAAACCACUAGAGGGAGACAAAGUCCACCUCAACUGCUGGCAAAGGUGAAGACUGUAAAUAGUAGCAAAAGUGUAAAUACAACGCGAGCUUGCUUGCCUUAUUCUCCGGGCUUUCAUCUGUUUACUCAUGCAGCAUUUUCACGACUACGUCUCGAGUUUUAAUGGUUUGACUUAUUUUUGUUGUUCGUUCCUCCUUUUUACAAAGACACUAAUACACACCACUGCGUCUUUUCACCCACAUGGACUGAAAGGUCCUCACAGGCCUACUGCUGGAACAUCUCAUGAGAAGAAUUCCUCUUUAUUUUGCAUUUUUAUGUGGCCUUCAUGCCACACUUGAAUAUUUAUUAAUACUUUUUUCAGCUUUAAGUAGUAUUGUCCACUGAGUUUUGUCUUUUUGUGCCAAUUCACCAAAUUUCCUUGUGAAACACACAAAAGUGUGUGUGCUGGAACAAUGGUAUCUUACUUGGUCAUGUAUCGGUAAUAAAACUGCUAUUAAAGGACAGUAAAUGGA